GUGUCUUGGCCAUCACUUCACGGUCCAGGAGACUUAGAAGCGGGCACGGCACAGGCUGGAAAGAGAGGCAGCAGAACACGCCCCCUUACAAUACUGACCUACUAGCCUCAUCUAGUAACAGAAUGCGUGUGUGGCAGGUAGCUGUUGUGGUGGCGGCUGUAGCGGUGGCCGUCACGGAGGCGCAGAGGUUCAGACAAGUCCCGCCAGCUCGCAUCCCAUCGCGCGCCGAGUUAACGGUGGCGAUAAACAACGUGGACACGGUGAAGAAGGCGCUGGCGUGCAUCGAGGGGCUCCCGUGCAAACUGGAUGAUGAGUACCACGUGUUGCUGCAGCGGUGGGGCCCCGAGGUGAUGCUGCGAGGUCACUGCCCGGCGGGUCUGUGCACGAGGGAGCAGGCACGCGAGGCCAAGUGGCUCAUGUCCCAGAUCUACGAGAAAUACCCCAAGCGGUACAUUGCCUCCGUCAACAGGCUGGCCGCCCGCCCCAACCCUUACUACGGAUAGAGGCGUGGCAGGCUGGCUCCUGGCACCCCUGGCUCUUCUGGUUCCUUCUGCUGCCCACAACCUGCACUCUCAAGAUGAUACGAGAAGAUUUAACACUAUAUUCACAAUCAUUUCAGCGUCUUUAAUUAUAAGAGGCCACAUUUUAUUUUAUUCUAUUUUAUUUUAUUUUUUUAAUAUAAGAGGGGCAUCUGAUCUACGGCAACAAACAGGUAAUAAAACACAGAAGCCAACUAUUACCAGUCCCUAAAGAAGUUACUGAUAUUCUCAAGAGUAUUUUCAGGAUUCUCGUCACAAUUCAAGAUUCUACACUAUCAAUGACAAAAACACCCAUAAAAACCCGACUGCUGAUCUCCACAGCCCUUGAAAGUAGUCCUGAUGACCACAGCCGUUUUAAAAUGUGUCUCUUAGUCUGUUUUCUCUCGUAACUUCUUAACCGCUCGGGAUUCGUAAGUUUUGCGCUUCCCGUCACUUCAACACCCAAUGGUACUCUUCACCACAACGAGGAAGAUGGAGAGGGCCUGUCUUUUUUCCUCUUAAUUCCUUGACAGUUCGCGACUCGUAUGGAUUUCUAUGAUUCAGCGGGUCUCGAACUCUUCCUCGACCACCUAUGCAACGAUGAAAAUGGAGAGAAUCUGUCUUACUUUCGUUUUCUUACAGGUUUGGGGUUUGGUAAGAUUUAGCGGCUCUCGUAACUCGCAAUUCUAUAUCCGCCCAUGCUAUGUAUUAUUGUACGUAGGUGCCUCGGUAGACAUCAUUCCUAGGUAUUCGUAUUAUCUCGCUGUGAAUUCUACUUAAGGGUUUCCGAUUCUCUUUCUUCUCCUGAGCACUUUGUGUAAGCUUCGCCAGUAAAGUCUUCACUAUAAGUUCGCGAAAAAAAAGACGGUUAUUUACUUAUGUUUUCGUCUCUGAUCUCUAUCGUAUUUAUUUUUAUUUUAUUUAUUUUUUAUGUGUGUGUGUUUUGUUUGUUUUGGGUCAUUGUUAUGCUUCCAUUGAUGUUUGUUAGGUUGUUUAUGUGAAUGUUACCCACCGUCUUAUCUUCUUUUUUUUUUUCUUCUUUCUUUUCUGUGUCCUGAGUUUUAUGGUGAAAUGUGUUGUGUUCCAAGCAUUUUCCUUUAUAUCUAAUUAAAAGAUGAUGCUAUGAAAAAAUUCCACCAAAUCCA